AUGUCUUCAGCUGAAGGAUCGCAGAACACCACACCGACAGUGAAGAUAGAAGGCGCCAGCAAGUUGAUAUUAAAAAUUCCAAAAGUCCCAUCAAGAGCAUCUCCGUCAGUCGACGCACAGAAGACCAAGUCGAUUCCUAUGCAGUCGAUGCCAAAGCUCGAGAAGCAAGAAAAGAAACGAGAUAAGGAGAAAAAAGAAGGGCACAAGGAGAGGUCCAAAGACAAGUCGGACGAGUCUCGGCGUCAGAAGAGAAAGGCUGAAGGAAAGGAGAAGGACCGCGAGCAUAAGAGGCACAAAACGAUGAGUGCAUCUUCAUCUUUCGAUGCCAACGCAACUGGUGGUCCCGCCGCAGGCAGUUCUUCAUCAAAAACUACCCCUACUGCACCGCUGCCAUUUGGUUUCGUCGGCAGCUUGAAGAAUUUUAAAAUUCCGAAGCGUGAAGAGGUGAAAGAAACCACGAAAGAAAGAGAAGCACCACCGUCGAAUCCAGUACAGCAGGUCACACCAACUCCACCACCUCUGCCUACACCGGCACCUAACCCUCUCCGUAAUUACGGCGGAAAAACAUCAUGCCUCGAAGGGAAAAAUUCAGCGCCUGUACCACCACUCCCAAUCAUCAUUCCUGCGCUCGUCAACCACUUCUCAGCACUCCCCCGGCAGGGCCAGCUGGACUUCCAGCCAUCUAUGAUUGGUGCACCUCCAUUCCGGGGAAGCAUGUCAUCAAUACCACUGCCGAAAGGUCCACCGCCACCUCAGGCUACACCCACUGGAGGCGGCACUUGGAUACGUCCACCGUCACACAUUCCUACUCAAAGUAUCCGAUCUCCAUCACCUGAUCCGAACGCUAUGCAAAUUGAUGACGAUCUAAACAGUCCAGAAGAUUCACUGAGGAUUGCUGAUGAUUAA